CAGAAAUAUCAGCUGUUGAUGAAUCUGACUCCAUAAUAGACCAGCAAAAUGAUGUUAACACCAAGUCAAUAGAAGAGGUACUUGAGGUAAUUGCAGAACAAUCGGUAUCAGAUAAGGUAAUAGAUGAUUUUAUUCUCGAAGAAUCUGUCAAUAUACCUGACUCAGUUAUAGCUAAGCCCCCGCCUAUUCACGAAGUUUAUAGUCAGUUAAAUUUAUCAGAGAUCGAAGAGGUAGUUUUGCUACCAGAUCAAGUGGGGUCUCUAUCAUCCGAAUCAUGUGUUGCUUCAUCUGGCUUUGAAUAUAGUAAGGACGGGAAAGUUCCCUAUAAACAAAAAGUAGAAAAAGGUUUAGUAUGCAAAUUACUUGAAUUCAUUAGAAGCUAUGAAUCCUUACCGAAUUCUACUGCAUCUAGUAAACAAAUUCCAGUCGAUUCUGAUCUAGCUCCGGGUUCUAUACCUCAUUUAGCUCACUUAUUUGAUAAAGCCAAAAAAACUGGUCAGAAAGAAAAGUUACGUUGGUAUUACUAUAGUGAGGAAUUCGAAAAAAAGGCCAUAACUAUUGCUUUGGGAAGCAAUAUUAGUGAUCAAAUGGCAAGAACGCAGAUUUAUGAUGAAAUGGAGCUCUAUCUUUCAGAAUGUCAAAAAGUGAUCGACGUGAAGAAUUCUUCACACUUACGUGAUCUACUGGCUGAAUCUUCUGAGGUAAGCAUUUCAACCUCACCUAUUUUUUCAUUUUAUGUCUCUAAUUCUCCAGAUAAUUCCUCUGGAAUCAAUUCAAAGAAUUCACCUGCUUCACAAAUGAUAAAUCGAUUCAAAAGAACUACCUCAUGUCUAGACCUUCAUGUCAGUAUAGAUAGAAAAUGUCUUAACCAAGUAGAUUGCUACCUCAUCCAUGAUAUGCAAAUCUGCCCUAUAUGCAAAAAAGAUCAUUGCUAUCUGAAAGGCCACUGGUUGAUCGAUAGCGAAGGUAGUAAAAAAUAUUAUUUGAUUUGCGAUAAUAUCCAAGAAUCCAGAAUCCUACUUAAUGAGGUGUUAACAUUAUAUUCUGAAAAAACAAGUCUGGAUAACUGGAAUCAUCUUCUGAAAGUUCCGAAUAGAGAAGUAACAGUGAAAGCAUAG